GGGGAAGGGCGCAGCCCUCUGGGCGGAAGAGGCGCCGCCUCGCCAUCUCGCGCCCGCGUCUGCCGCCAGAGCGCGAGGAGACGGAGGAGGAGGAGAGCGACGGAGGGACCAUGCCUGCCGCCGCGCCGCCGCCCCCCUUGCGCCCCGCCGCCGGGCCGCCGCCCUCCUGCGGCUGCCCCUGCGCCCGACACCAUCCCGGUGAGUGGUGCCCGCCUUGCGCCGCGGGAAAAAAAGCCCCGCGCCCCGUUUCCUCAGACCCCUUUGCCUCCCCAUCCCUGUGGGACCCCCGCGCCCCGUUUCCUCUGCCAGCCUCCCCCUCUCCCGGUUUUAUAUCAGCUGCGUGAGUUUUUCGCGCGCUCCCCUCGGCGGGAGUUUGGCUGUCCCGCGCGCGCGGCCAACUUGAGACGGGAGAGGGAAACGUGACGAGGGGAAACGUGUGAAAGCCUCGCCCGCCCGCGCAGCAUCCCUUGGAGACCCCACUCUGCCCCCCUACUCUCUACCCAGACUACCCCCCGCUUCUUCCCUCUACCCGCACCCUAUCCCUUACCCCACCCCUCUUCCUACCCCCAUCCUACCCUCUACCCCCAUUCUACCCCCACCCCCUAUCCUACCCCCACCCCACCCCCACCCCUACCUACCUCCACCCUCUCUUACCCUCUACCCUCACCCUACUCCACCUGUCCGCCUACCCCCUACCCACCCCUCCUCCUAACACUACCCCACCCUCCUCCUUCCCUCUACCCCCACCCUUCUCCUCCUCCUCCCCUCUACUCCCUACCCAGACUACCCCCGCUUCUUCCCUCUACCCACACCCUAUCCCUUACCCCACCCCUCUUCCUACCCCCAUCCUACCCUCUACCCCCAUUCUACCCCCACCCCCUAUCCUACCCCCACCCCACCCCUACCUACCUCACCCUCUCUUACCCUCUACCCUCACCCUACUCCACCCGUCCGCCUACCCCCCCUACCCACCCCUCCUCCUAACCCUACCCCACCCUCCUCCUCCCCUCUACCCCACCCCUCCUCCUCCUCCUCCCCUCUACUCCCUACCCCACCGCACCCCUCCUCCUACUCCCACCUCCUACCCUUUACCCCCUACCCCCCCUUAUCAGCCUCCUUAUUGACACCCCCACAUUUAUCUGCCCUCAUUCUGCGUUACCUCAGGUGAUUAACCUGGGGGGGGGGAGGUGCGUGGUGGAGGUUUUUUUUUAAAAAAAGAGGAUCCUUGGCUUCAGCAGGUGGGGGAAUACCCGGUAGAUCCACUGGUGGGAAACGAUCUAGUAUGUAAGGCUGUCUUCUGAGUCACUGGGAGAAUCUUCUCCUGAAAAGGCAAUGCCUUAGCUGGGUAUCGACUGAUUUCUAUCCUGGGCAGAGCUUGUUUCAAUGCAGGAGGUACCACAAUACAGUGGUACUUUGGGUUAAGAACUUAAUUCGUUCCGGAGGUCCAUUCUUAACCUGAAACUGUUCUUAACCCGAGGUACCACUUUAGCUAAUGGGGCCUCCCGCUUCCGCUGUGCCGCUGCUGCGUGAUUUCUGUUCUCAUCCUGAAGCAAAGUUCUUAACCCGAGGUACUAUUUCUAGGUUAGUGGAGUCUGUAACCUGAAGUGUCUGUAACCCGAGGUACCACUGUAGUUAACAGAAUCAGAGAAUUGUAGAGUUGGAAGGACCCACGAGGGUCAUCUAGUCCAACCCCCUCCAGUGGACGAAUAUUUUUGCCCAACGUGGGAUAGCUAGCUAGCAGGAGUGUCAGCUUGAAUAGAGUAUUGGGGGUUGGGGCAUAAUCGAUUGCAUGACGCAGCACACACGCACUAUUUGAAUGGCAAUGCCCAUCAACUUGGGGGGGGUAGCCCCCUCAAAUAUUUUAUGGGGGGGUGUGAAGGGACCUUGGCCCCCACAAGUUGACUCCUGUGCUAGCAAGAAGUGAGCACACUGUCCUGCUGUCAUUCUCCAUUUAUUGCCCGUGAAAAGUAUGGUGCAGUUGCAAAACAGUAGCAACAACAGCAAAUUGUGAUGUGAACUAAAUCCAUUGGCUGGGAUGGGUGUUGGAAAAAAGUUUUGUAUUUUUUUGGUCUUGGGAUCUCUAGUAUCCUGGGAUAGGAGGAACAAAAGAAUCCUCCCAGUGUUCCCUGCUUCUUGAAAGCAUGUUGGUUCAUAACUCUGACUUUCUUCCCCAGGUGGCUGUGAGUGGUGAUGAGAUACAGUAGUUGUCAAAAUUAGGAGAGUAAGUAAGCAUGGGCAGAAGAUGGACUUUGUAGUCCCUCGGUGACUUAAUGGCCGAUAGGGGUAGCGCCACCUGUUGGGAUUUUUGCAAAAGGAUGCCAGACCAGAUGAGUGUUGGCCAGUUCCAGAAAGCCACAUCUCUUGUUGUGCCAGAUUCCACUCUCAGGAGUCGCUUUACACAAAUUAAGUGUUAUGGAGAUCCUUUAUAUGUUUUCCUGCUUUAUAAAAUGCAUCAGUAGACUAUGUGGCUGCUGGUUUUUUGGGUCACUCUUUCUCUGCCUGCUGCUUAUUCUGCUUCCAGGUGAUAGGCACAGGAUAAGGUAAAAUUUCUAAGACUUGUUGAAGCCAGGAAGCUCUUCCCCUCCAAACUAUGCUACUUGCCGAAUCUUGAUAAGAAGCUGCCUUGAUCUACCUAGCGACACUGGCAGGCCCUUUCUACAAUGGCUGACCUUCUACAUGCCAAGCAGAUGCUCUGGUACUAAGCGAUGGCCCUUCUGCAAAGUGUGAAUCAAUGAGGACCCUUUGUUUGGGAAUAUUCAACCUUACUAACUAGGUGUAGGCUGGGAGAGGCACGAAUCAGAGCUUGCUGCAGGAUCCUGCUCUGUCCUAGAGUUUAUUUCUCAUUAGAGGGUCAUUGCCUGAAAGCCAUCGCCUUGGUGGCAAAGUUGUUCUCAUGUUGUGAAGGGCAGGGACUGUUUCUGUCAGAAAUGCAGGCCUAGGUCUCCAUCUUUGCAGGAUAGUGAAUGUAGUUUGUGUGGGAUGGAUAUAUCUCAUGGAUCUAUCAGCAAAGUGGUUAAGAGGCUGGUCCUUUUUAUGUUGCCUCCAGCUGCUUGCAUGUUAAAAUGGAUAUUAAUGAUGGUGGUUGUGUCCAGCUUUGUGCUUCUUAAUGAGUUACUUUUUCCAAACGUUUGUAUAUCAUCCUUUUCAAAACUUGGAAAAUAUUUAAUUAGAGAAUCUUGAAGUCGGCUAUAGCUGUGGAGGGUGAAAUAAUUGUGGUAGGAGAAUGAGGUGAAUAUUAUUUCAGAGACUUUUUUUUUUAGUUAAGUUUGCAUUCAAUGAAAAGCAUCACAGUAUUCUCAUUUGCCUAGUUUUGAAUUCAACAGCUGUAUUAAAACUCUUUUUUUUGUGUGGCAAAUCUGAGCCAGGGACACUUGGCCCAGUUCACAUGUCACAUUAAACUACAGUUUAAAGUUAUUAUUUUAAUAUGAAUGUGCCUAGUGCUAGUAAAUGCUGCUCAGAAGUUCUCACUCUAGUCCUCCCUUCUUGCUGUGUCACCAAGAAACAGCCACUCUGACUUCUUGUGAUAUCUAAACCUUGACUCAUGGUUUGUUUCUCUCUAAGCAAACCAUGACUGGUAACCAGCAGUUUGUUCUUGGUUUCCUGCUUGUAGCUUGAAGAGAAACAAACCAUGAUCCGGGGUUCAGACAUCACAAGCCAGGUUUUGGGAGAAGAGCAGAGUGAGAACUUUUUAGCAGGGUGGGCGAACACAUAGUUUUUAAAUACGUUUUAAUAUGAAUUUUCAAACGACUGUAUGUUUUAUUGUGAUAUGAGAAUUGGACCACUGUAUUGAUGUGUUCUACAAAAAAAAAAACACUUAUGAAAAACAACUUUUUUAAAAAGUUGUUUUGGCUUGUCUUCAUGGUACACAUUCCCAUGGCCUGUGAUGGGAAUUCAUUGGAGUUCAUGUUAACAACCCUUUCAGCAAAUGAGCAAAUAAUUUAUUGCAGGAAAAAUAGAAUCUGGUUUGUGUAUACUGCUAUCCAUCCUUUUUUGUUAAGAAAGAACAAAGCGAAGACUUUUGAUAAAACUUAGACAGGUGUCAUUAAAUUUGCAGGAAUUUGGUGGAUUGGAAAAACAACCAAACCUUUCAAAAAUCCAAGUUGUUUUAGCGUUAUAGGGAAAAUCAAGGCUAUCUUGAUGUUUCAAUCAGUGUUUGAACUCCCAUUGUUCUAGGUGCAUUUUGCGACAGAGAAUUAGCACAAGUAGUUUCUGAGUUCUGGGCGCAGCACCGCGGCUAAGAUUUCAGAUUAAAACUGCAGAGUGGAAGGAAAGGAGGACCUUUUUCUGCCUCCCCACUUCCAGCUACUCUCUGAAGACUGGAGAAGAGACCCUCUUAAGAAUAUUAAGGGCGUGGGCAGGGGAAGGACUAGACUACGUGGAAAAUGAACAUAAUAUUUUAGCUGCAGUUCAUUCAUUUUCAGAUUUAUAUUUUUGAUAUUAAAAAGUGUGCCUAGACAUUCCCUUGUUGCGCCCAUAACCUAGGUUUAAGGUGCCAUUUAGCUCCUAGCUUUCAUAUUUCUAACACUGGUUUCAAUUCUGCUGAAAAUAAUCAUUUUUAUGUUUUUAAAGCAUGACUUCUAAAAUUCAGUAGUUUCAAAUGAGAACAGAAAAUGCCAUAGUGUACUUAAAUGAGAACAGGUUUGGGACUCUACAGUCAUUUUUGGAGGGGAAGGAGGGGGCAUAUUUCCACUCUGCAUAAAAUGAAUGUGUUCUAGUUGCUUGAGAAACAAGCAAACAGCAGACUUUGUGAAGGUGCUAGGGCUCCAGCUGUGUAUUUUGUCAGUCAUGCAUAUCUGCCUUUGGAAGAAGCUUAGGUUGUUAGUUUUGGCUUUCGCUUUCAGGUUGCCUAGGUUUUAAAUGUUGAAUGACUGGAAAGGAGUACACAGGGACCAAAGGGAAAGCAUUCCACGAAGAAGGGAAGGCGGCUACGAUGUGCAGUCUGGGAGCGAGCAGCCUUAGCCUGCAGAACUUCUGCCUGGAUCCCUCAACAUGGACAGCGUUGUGUUUUAGUUUCUGCCAUAGUCCUCCAAAAGUCGAAAAGGAAUCUCUCUUUUGGAGCCAGUUGCCCCUUAGCAACUUGUGCGUAUGAUGUAUACAUGCUAAGCUCGAUACUGUGACGUAGGGAGAGGGUGGAAGCUUAAAAUAUUAUAAAUAGAUGCCUGAACAUUAAAGAAUCAAGCUGCAUGGAUUGUGUUAGUGCAGUGGGCGGAUAGUUAACAUGAGUCUUUUAUUUCCGUCGAACACUUCAUAAAGAAAUGCAUAACUUUUUCAUUAUUCGAUAGAUGUCACCAUGAAAGAACCAAUGUGAACAGUUAAUAUGCUUCCUUUUAAUAUGGUGUUUAUGCUGUGCGAAUAUUUUUGCUCUUGACUUCAGAGCUAUGAGUUAAAGGGGAAAAAUGCUCCCUUUUUAGAAAGGCACCUCCUUUCUAAAAGCUAUCCACUUCUCUUUCAGUCCAUUACAAGAAAUGUGUACUUAAUAAUAAGAGGAACUAUGGAAAUUUACUUUGGUAUCAUGUUAAAAUUUAAGUAUAGUGCCAAUUAGCAAGGGAUGGGUUCCUCACCACAAGAGAGAGAUGUGGCAGUAUUCAGGGUCUAUGUUAUGAUCCAUCAAGCUAAUAAUGGUUUGGUGCUUCCCCCUUCUGGGUUUUCUUUUAACAAUGCCAUAAUAACUGAAUUGGACAAACCGUAAUUAGUGUUAGUCUUCAAAACGCAAUUUGAAACCAUGGUUUGAAAUAGCAGUGUAAACCAAGGCUUGGACUUGGGAACUGACCAUAGCUGCCUUAUCAAUCACCACUUGAAACUAUGGUUAGAACAAAUGGCAGAAGAAAUUGGCAUGUGGGACAGGAAGAAGGAUUCUGGUUCAGUCAGAUGGAGUCUAUGUAGACUCCUUUCUCUUGAGACAGUUCAAUUAACAACAAAGAAGAACUGUUGUAUGGCAUAGGUUUUUUGUGGAUUAGAGUCCACAAACUUAUCAGAAUCUUAGAAUGAUCCACUUUUGCGAAUGUAUAAUAAGCUUCAGUUGUAGCUUGAAGGGGUGGAAAGCUCUGGGGUUUCACCCCUAGACUCCAAGCUUAGAGGUGGUCCAGACCUCUUCCUUUUGAUUUCAGGGGGGGGGGGGGGAAGUGUCUUGUUCUUAUGUUUCUGGAAGAACAAAUGACCGGACACUCAAGGCAGUUGGUCACCCCAUUGUUCCUGGCUGUUUCUGAUGCAUGUGAAAAGACUGGGAUGAUUAGCAAUGGUUUAAAGUGGUUUUGAAUUAAAAUGUUUUAUUACCUUAAAAUAUAAAAAAAAUUACCCUUGCUGUUUUGCACUGAAGUUUGAUGACCCAGUCAACACAAUUUCUAGUUACAAGACCGGAUAUUUACUUUGUGUCCUGCUUUUGUUAGUGGGAGUUGCCACUGUUUUCACCUCUCUCUCUCUCUCUCUCUCUCUCUCUCUCUCUCCCUCUCUCUCUCAGCAAGGUACUUGCCUUUUCAAAUAUACCAACACAUUCCUUUUUUGUUCUCAGAAAAAGCUAUGCAAGGAAUGGCAAUUCACUCAUAAUGGAUUGAGUAGGAGGGUGCUUGAGAUUUGUUGAGGCAGACAGAGGGAAAUCUGAAGAAAAAGAAGUUGUAGUAGAUCAGUUUGCAGAUGGCUUUUUACAUGAUCUGUUAUUCCAAAAUUUGUUGUUGGCAUCUGUCUGUGUUGGGACGCGGGUGGCGCUGUGGGUUAAACCACAGAGCCUAGGAAUUGCUGAUCAGAAAGUUGGUGGUUCGAAUCCCCGUGAUUGGGUGAACUCCCGUUGCUCGGUCCCUGCUCCUGCCAACCUAGCAGUUUGAAAGCACGUCAAAGUGCAAGUAGAUAAAUAGGUACCGCUCCGGUGGGAAGGUAAACGGUGUUUCCGUGUGCUGCUCUGGUUUCGCCUGAAGUGGCUUAGUCAUGCUGGCCACAUGACCCGGAAGCUGUACGCCGGCUCCCUCGGCCAAUAAAGCAAGAUGAGCGCCGCAACCCCAGAGUCGGUCACGACUGGACCUAAUGGUCAGAGGUCCCAUUACUUUCACCUUAGCCUCUUCUUCUCCUCCCAAAUAUAUCCCACAAGGCAGCGGAGGCUUAGGAUCAGAGUUUUCCUUCUCCCAGAUGGACUCCCUUCCCAGGUUGAUGAGCCCCACCUGCCCCUCACUUCCCUCUAUAACGUGCAGAAACCACCUUCUUGACCAUUGAACCGACUUGGUCUAUUCAUUCUCCAGAGCCUGUCUUUGCAUGCAGGGAAAGUCCCUGACUCACCAAGGGUUUGAGACCCAUCGGCUACGCUCACCUGGUUUAGCUGGCCAGUGGAAGUCGUUCCCAGGAUGUGACCACUGUCGCAUGCUGACAGCUUCUAAGAGCCACAGGUGAGAGCUUAGUGCAGAGUGAAUGACCAGACUACCUCAGAAGGAGCAUCCCAUGCAUCCUAUUCCAGAAUAAUUGUGCCUUAACUAGCAUCUGACCUUGUUUACAAGGGCUGAUAAAAAAGUGGAGGAAAGCUUUCAGAAUAAAUAGUGGUGGCUUGGCCAUUACCUUAGAUGUGCAGAGAUAAGCCAAACAGGUGCUAGGUUUAGAACGAUGCCUAGUACCAACUCCAGCAUCUUGUCUUUCUCCACCCUACCUGGAGAUGACGGAAACCAAAUGUAUUGCAUGCACAAUAUGUUCUCCGUUAUGGGGUCUUUCCCCACACCUUAUGAUUAAAGGUAUAAAUAAAUAUGAAGUAAGGGCUUGUGCCUUUCUGCAUAUGCAUAUUGUAGCCAUAUUCUGCAAACACCGAAGAAUGAAUGUGAUUGCUAGAAUGUGCUAUUGGCACAGCAUUUGGGGCCCGUUGGUUCUCUGCAUUUUGCUUAACCUGGGCAUUUUAACGCAACAGACUUUGUGUUUGUUUCUUGCUGACUGCCACCCACGUAAUAGAAAAUUAUGGAAGUCAGUAAAAUAAAAUAAAAAUAAAAUCACAAACUGACUGCCUCUGGCGUCACAAGAGCAAGAUUAUGCCACUUAGCGCGCGCCCCCAUCUCUCACUUAACAUUUGUGAUCUCUGAAUAAUUUUUGUAUCCCUUGAGGGGUGGUCUAUAUCACCCUUUAAAUGUAAUUAGCCAUAGAACAAUGCAGGGUGUUGAACAGACUCACUUAGAACCUGCUCCUGUAUUAACAAAAAAAACCCAAAGCCCCAAAGCCAGAGAGGCAGUCUGACUCAAGGCAGGCUUCCUGUGUUCCCUUUACUUAAAUAGUUUAUUGAAUUAUAUACAGUCUAUGGUGUCUGAAAGUUGUUUAUCUUACCUAGGAAUAGUUUGCUUCACUGUAAAUUAAAAUAGAACAUUUCCUGACUUCCUUCUGUUCCUAGUAUAAUUUUAUUUAGUCCAAUUAUGGCGCUAAUGUGAGCAAUUACCUAUAUGCAUAAAGGAGGCUUUCAGUAAUCCUUGUGAAAAUGAUCUGUCACUCAAGCAGCUUAUUUGCAGAAUUCUGAGGUCUAGCAACGAUAAAACCACAAAGUUAAGAGAGAGAUACAAACCCAGCGCAAUAAAACAAGCUCAGUAUAAUACUGUGUACAGCACAGAACUGAAAACACCUGCAGGGACAGAGUUUGGUAAUAUGGCGUCCUGAGCUGACAAAAUUUGGUGUGUCCUCCCCCCCCCCCCAUAUUUCUUAUUUUCACAACAAUUCCUUUUGGUCCAAUUGCUUUUAAAAAGGAUCAUAUCAAUAGGUACCCGAAUAAAUAUAGGUGUAGGUGUUGUUGUUUUGUUUUGUUUUAUUUUUAUUUUAUUUUAUUUUAUUUUAUUUUAUUAUGCACCCCCUUGGCUUGGCACCCUGUGUGUGCGAACCACUUUCACUAUCCUAAAUCUGGCGAAGAACACCCAUGAAAUGUGUACAUCAAAACUGCCAGCUGUAUCAUGGGAACUUCAGUUCUUAAAAGACCCUGGAGAACAGAAGAAUCUUAAAUUAGUGCUAAGAAGGCAACAGUUGGGGAACUUUGCUAUGGGACACAUUCCAUCGUUGAGGGGCUGCUACUGAAAAGGCCUUAAAACUGGGAAACAUCAUCUAUUUGGGUAGAAGGCACAAUCUAUAGUUUUCUUAUAAUAUGAAUAUUCCUGUUUUAACAAAUGCGUUCUUUUUGUGUACAAAUAUGUUAACGUUAAAGCCUGUUUUCAAUAUUGGCAGAUGUUUUUAUUCAGACUGUCCCUAUGGAUCGAGAUAAAAUCUGUUCCCCCUGCAGAAAUGAUCAAUUACUUGUCCUGGUCGUAUAAAAUUAAGUCGGUCUUGUUCAGUGCAUAAGGAGCUGAUAGAUCUGGGGGAGUAUUAAGACCGCUUUGCAAGUUAAUGCAUAACAUUGAUUUCCCUUUGUAAGCUGCCUUUUUAGCAGUGUUUGAUCUGUAUCUCCAGUAUUUAACCACUUAGUCCACUUAGAAACAAAUUUAUUUUGGGAGUUACACUUCAGUUCUCAGCAGGUAUUACAAGAAUGCCUUGCUUUGGUCUCUUAAGGGUGAUGUAGUUGGGACUCUCUUAACAAGAAAUCUUGAAUGGGCCGCAGAAGCACAUGCUCACUACCUGUGCAGAUCAAAUUUCCAUCCUAAGAUUCUUAAACAAGGAUUUUGAGCUAUACUGGUUACGCAGCAAGCUUGUGGCCAAAAUACAGUGGUACCUCGGGUUAAGUACUUAAUUCGUUCCGGAGGUCCGUACUUAACGUGAAACUGUUCUUAACCUGAAGCACCACUUUAGCUAAUGGGGCCUCCUGCUGCUGCUACGCCGCCGGAGCACGAUUUCUGUUCUCAUCCUGAAGCAAAGUUCUUAACCUGAAGCACUAUUUCUGGGUUAGCGGAGUGUGUAACCUGAAGCGUAUGUAACCUGAAGCGUAUGUAACCCGAGGUACCACUGUAAGCAGUCUGGCAACCAUGGAAUUUGCUUGGUCACUUGAAUUUUUUCCCUGCCUCACUUGCAUUCUGAAAAGUGCUCAAGGCUUGGGGGUUAACCACUUGUAAACUGGUCAUCCGCAUUAGCAAUCCAGAACACAUGAUAAAAGAGCAGAGGAGGUAUAUUCCCUGAACUAUAGAGUCUUGUGAGUAGAGUUGUCUUUAAAGAACCAGGUUUUCAGAUUAGAAGUUUAAUAAUAUUUCAGAUUAGUGUUGCACAUGGUGUGUGUGUGUGUGUGUGUGUGUGUGUGUGUGUGUGUUGUGUGUAUUGAAAGGUUUAAAUAUUUGCUUAUGUCUAGCAUUUGUAACAUUCAGUUAUUCUUUCCUGUUUCAAUAAUAACAUAAAAUGUAAAUGUAGUCUAGACUUCAUUUCAGACCGAGGAGAUGUCUGCUGAAAUAUACAGGACAGAGGGGAAGGCUAAAGAUGGGAUUUUGCUCUCCAGCAUUAGCCAUGUGGCAAAUUGGUACAUCUGCAUUUCCCCUUGGGCAGCCUUAACCACAGUUAGAGCAGAUGCGCUUCCACCCUUCUGCUUUAAUCACAGUUAAGGAAGUGGAUGCAACUCUCUGGUCUGCUCCGGUUUCUUAAAUUUGAUUGACACCCAGCAUUAAAUUGGUACAGAGCUACAAGAGACAAGACUGAAGCAGUGAAUUGAACUGUUUUGGCAGGUUCAGGUUACAAUGAACUCUUCUUCAGACAGGAGUUAGUCUCAGGUUAUACUAGCAACCUCUCAAGCUCUCAACACAGAUGGUUUCCCUCUCCUUCCAGACCCUGGACAAGUCUGGAUUUAUCCAUUGCAGAAUGGUUAGCUUAGGUAAGUAAAUACAUGCAGGGAAGUCUCUAUCUUAAAUUUGAUCUUGGAAAACUGUGGGUUAGGUGGGAAGCCCCACAUUGCGUGAAAUCUUGAUGUCUUGGUUGUGUUCACAAGCCACUGCAAAGCCAGUUGUACUAAUUCUGUAUCUGCAUACUAAAUAGGGCAUUCUUAGAUGGAUAAAAGUAUAUUUGAGCUCUCAGAUUUGCUCCUGUGUGCAUUUCCCUCCAUUUUAAUAAUUUUAUAUUAAAUUUAAAAAUUUAAAACCUUAAUUUUUGCUUCCUUAAAUCCCUCAUUGCUGGCUUUUAUUUCUGCUUGCUGACCUGGGGUAAGAAGGCAGGAUUCCAUUUCUAAGGUGCCGGUAAACAAUGCCAGUGUGAAAUUCACGUGCUGUAAAAGGAUGCCUGUGGUCACAUUUUGUUUCCAUCUGACUAAUUCAAUACACUUGCUGUGUAGUGUCCUGCCUUCUUUGCUCCCCCUUUCUGUACAGUCUCGUGCACACACAGUGUACAUUGGCCUUGCAAGUUGCCGUUGUGAAUAAUUUACUUUAAGGAACAAGAGAUCGAAGUCAAUACAGUUCUAAAAGACUCAAGUUACACCUUACAGAUAAUGGCUACUUGCGCAUUGCAAACCUGUGUACGUUUACGCAAGGGAGCCAUGUCGUACAAAGGGCUGUUCUGAACUGUGCUCAGUUGAUGCAUACAUAUGCCAGUGUGUCCUUCCUUUAGCUUGCUUUUACACAUACUUGUAUGGAGUGAUUUGAGGGUCUGUCACAGUGCAUACCUUUGUGUACUAUAAUUUUAGUAUCGUUGGGAUUAAUGCACUGACUUUAGUUGGGGAAGGGGCAAGAAUCAAAGGCAGUUGCAAUUUAGUCAUCAGCCUCGUAAAUUAGCCGAUGAAAGGUCUUUUGCAUGAUAAUGAAAUAAAUAAUGGAUCACUGGUGAUAUAAAUUCAAACGUUGUUUUUGGUAGCUAUGCUCUUUUCAAAGGCCUUCUGCAUAAUAAUAAUGUGUUUUGAAGGGUUUUUCUACUUGAGAAACUAUUAGUAAUAGAAAUUCCCCCUCCCCACCUCUAAAUCUAACAAAGCCUCUCUUCCUCUGACCCCACCUUCAAUGAAUUGGAGCAAGAAUAUAAAGGACUGGCUUCACUGUUUUAAAAACAAAAUGGCAUGUCUGGCUCAAAAUAGUUAACCUUGUGCCCCAGCACACGUGCUGGGUUCCACCCAACUUUUGGGGGGGCUUGUUGCACAUGUGUGAUGUCAUGCAUUGGAAGGGGGACCAGCAGGGUCCGUUGUGGCCACAGGAAGGCCCGAUGGGAACUGCUGCGGGAGGGCCCGACGGAGACUACCGCAGCUAUGCGGGACCUGCCCCCCGCUUGAAUUUUUUGGGGUGCCUCGGCCUCCCCGGUCCCCCCAAUGGCACCCCAGUACCUGGUAGAAUUUUUGCGUGUAUUUGAGCAGAAGUCUCAAGUGAUUCAGGAAAGUCAUGCAGGCAAUCCCAGAGUGUCUUCCUGUUUGUAAGGCUUCCUCUGUCUGUUGGGUAUGUCUUUCAAACUUUUUUGGAAAUACUCUUUGUGAGAAAUGUUCCCUCGCAAGCCUAGGUGAACUGAUAUUUUUGGCCUCAAUAUAAGACCCUCUUUGGGACCCUUUAACAUACGUACAAUGAACACGCAGGAUGAAGAAGCUUCACCCCUAAGACUGUACAUUCGGACUGCGUAAUUUGGAACUUGGUGAAAGUCAAAGCUCCCAAUUGUGUAUAGAGGUCCCUACUUGCAUUUCCUUGUGUGCUCACAGGUUCUCUUCAGAUUUUUAAAUGUACAUGCUUAGGUGUGAGGUGGAGUCUUGCCGCCACAUUCCUCUUUUCCAGCCCAUGCACUUUUGUUCAGACUACACUGAAAAUCUGAAGAGGGUUCAUGUAUUGACUUAGCACAUAUUAAAGUUGGGGUAUGUAAUUCAAAUAUGGGUGUUAUGCCUAGACUGUGAGGGAUAAAGUAUUCCUCCUUUGAGAACCAUGUUCACGAAUUCUUAGGUUUUUUGCAUGUAUCCCCCUCAACAAAAAACAUAUACAGUACACUACACUAACAAAGUUCAUUUGAGAAGAGAAGCCAAAUUCUGCAGCCAAUGUAAAACGCACACAUGGAUUUGCUUGAAUUUUCUGAUUUUGCAUCAUGUAUUCCAUAGGUUUUGCUGCUUGACACCAUUUAUUCUUUUAGUCAUAUGUAGGGGCAAUGAUUUAUGAGAGACAGUAAAACCUCACCCUCCCUGUAGAGCAGUGUGUUCAACAACUUACAUUCAAAUAAUUUAUUUAUUAAACCAGUCAAUGUAUCUCUCAAGCAAAGUUACACAGACUUCCCUGGCUUCAAACGUCUCCAGGCAUUACAGAAACUCUCUCAGAUAUAACUUUACAAACAAAGAGGCUACUGGUUUUUGUGUGUGUGCUAUUGUGAAAACGUAGCAUUACCUACAUGGGCAAUGUUCUUAAAUCUUUGUCCUUAGCCCUUUUAAAUGGGAGGACUAAUACUGACAUACCAGUGUACAGCUGGGUUCAUAAUAUUUUGCAUGUGUCCCAGUUCUCCAAACAAUGAGAACUCAAGGGGCACAGUGUACGCAGGUCCUAUUCCCUUGGAACGAGGUCACUGGAGGAGACUUGCUAGUGUUUGUGGUGUUUGUUGGUGAUUUAUAUACACAUAUAUAUACAGGUUGAGCAUAGGGGAAUAUAUACCACUUAACACAAGCAAAUGCCCUAAAUUCACUGCUCCCUCUUCAAAUUCCGAGUGAAACCACAAGCUCCUGUAAGAUCAUUGCAUAAAGCAGUCCACCUUUUUCUGUAUGUCUUCUCUCAGCUUAAUUUAAACUGCUUCUUUCAAACAGACACUGAGUUUGCACAUUCUACAGCCAAUUUCCAAAUUGCUCUCCCCGCCAGAAGGGUCUCCAACAAGUCUCUUGUAAAAGGUAAAGGGACCCCUGACCAUUAGGUCCAGUCGUGGCCGACUCUGGGGUUGCAGUGCUCAUGUCGCUUUAUUGGCCGAGGGAGCCGGUGUACAGCUUCUGGAUCAUGUGGCCAGCAUGACUAAGCUGCUUCUGGCGAACCAGAGCAGUGCACGGAAACGCCGUUUACCUUCCCACUGGAGCCAUACCUAUUUAUCUACUUGCACUUUGACGUACUUUCGAACUGCUAGGUUGGCAGGAGCAGGGACCGAGCAACGGGAGCUCACCCCAUCGCGGGGAUUCGAACCGCCAACCUUCUGAUCGGCAAGUCCUAGGCUCAGUGGUUUAACCCACAGCGUCACCCGCGUCCCUAAGUCUCUUGUACUUGGCCAUUAUUAUUUUUUACAUAACAAACGAAGACCUGUUUGGCAGGUUUGACCAAUUACAUAGUCCUUCACAGCCUCACUUUUUAGAAUUUACAUUUUUAAUAUACUGAAAUAAGAGGUUUGGGGACCCUCAGUUGGCAAUCACAAUUUAACAGAACACCUUUUAUGCAACCUUAUGUAAACAUAGCAUAUAUCUAAGAAUUUCCCUUCCUGUUUCCAUUUUUGAAAAGUUACUUUCUUUUAUGGAGCUAGGGUGGUCAUAUUCUCUGAUCACUGCGCAAUUGAAGAGGAUGAUUGAUUUUUUACAGUACCGGAAUGCUUAUCCACCAUAAUGGCCUUUUGUCCCUCCAUCAGGUUCCAUAGGGUUGGAAUAUAAUUUCACAAGAUAUUGAUGUCCUUGAACCUCAGAUAUUUAUCUGAGAUAUAUUAAAAUGGCUGACAGUCUCUGCCCCAAAGUCUGUAAUUUUAGGGCAGGACCACAUGUGAUCUCUGAGUGGGUAGCACAUGGGCAACAUUGCCUGUGCUUCAUAUCUUUUUGGGAAAGCCAUUGUGGGGUUUGGUAAGCUCUGAAUAUGACUCUUCGCUGUAUAAGGCCCAGCCUGAUACCCAGAGAGAUCAAUCUCAUGGAUGCCAGCAUUGCUUUCCAGGUACCUGAUAUUCCAUUUGACCAAUCCUCUCUCUUUUCAUUGAGGUCAAGUUGUCUUGUCCAUUAAGGUUCAAUGUAAAUAUGUUAUUGACUUAGGACGUUGUCAAAGGUUAUUAAAGACUGGGGUUUCAGAGGCACUCGGUGCUUCCAGCUCAAAUAAUGGGUGUUUCAGUUGUAUAUGUAGCUAGCCUGUUGACUGUGGGAGGCCAAGAGGUUCCACUAGAUUAGGAAAAGAGAGAAAUCACUGGAAGCAAUCAGUUGGUCCACGUCCUAACUUUACAACUAUAGUAUCUCUGGAGUUGGAAGAACUGCUCUAUAUUCUUAUAGCCAGGGCUUUUUUUCAGCCAGAACUUGCUGAAACUCAGUUCCGGCCCCUCUCAGGUGGGUGCCAUUGCCAUUAUAAAAGAACAAGCGAUUUCCAGCACCUCUUUUUCUAGAAAAAUAGCACUGCUUAUAACUAUAUAAAUCAUAGGCCAGAAUGACUAAGUUGUAUUUUUAUUGCAGCACCAAAGUCAUGCUGUGGUAGAAAAAUGACUUUAUCACUUUUCUUUGCAUUGUUUCCAUAGAGGGGAUUGUGAUAUUUGCAGUGACCUUGCCUAUAAGAACUUCUGAGUUAGAGAUGUGCAUGACGUUCUUUGAAAUCCAGAAACAUGCUGGUUUCUAUUUUAGAAGAGUUUGAAUUCCCUUCCUGCCUUUUAUUUUGGGAAGAAGAAGAAGAAGAAGAGUUUGGAUUUGAUAUCCCGCCUUUCACUCCCUUUAAGGAGUCUCAAAGCGGCUAACAUUCUCCUUUCCCUUCCUCCCCCACAACAAACACUCUGUGAGGUGAGUGGGGCUGAGAGACUUCAGAGAAGUGUGACUGGCCCAAGGUCACCCAGCAGCUGCAUGUGGAGGAGCAGAGACGCGAACCCGGUUCCCCAGAUUACGAGACUACCGCUCUUAACCACUACACCACACUGGCUCUCGAUGCGGGAGCGGAUGCUUUGUUUGAAUUGACUCCUUUUCUUGGGAGAAAUAUCUUUUCUAUAUUGAUGUAGGCUGCUGGGUGAAAAUCAGCAGGUCUCGAGGGCUGUCUCCCACCAAUAGCCUUAAAAGUAGAACAGGGUACUGAAAUGUGUGUUUACUUGUUUUGUUUCCGUAAACUUCCAAUUGCCGUGUUGUGGCCACUGGGUUUUAACAUACAAGUGUUCCAAAAGUCCUCUGUGGACAACUUUUGUUUGUUCAGAUCUAUGGUACUUGGUUUUAUAGUGUGUUUUUCUCCACCAGAAAAUAUUCCAAUGAAAGUUAACCAAAAAACCCACCAAGCUCAACAUGGCACAAACACUUGGAAACAGACUUUAAAUUCACACCAUUGGCUUUCUAAUACAUAUUUUGGAUCUCUCUGUGCCAUUCAAAUGCCUCACAGUCUAUUUUGGGUGCGAGACAACACAUGUCAAUAUCUCCCUUGAAAAUUGGGGUUCCAAACUGGACAAACGUAUUCCUGAUAUAAAGGGACAUGUUAAGUGAUAUGAAUAUGCUAAUAGGGAUCAGUUAACAGCAGCUCUUUGGUCUGAGUGUCUUAGUUUUUGUCUAUUAGGCCCACCCAACUUGCAGAAAAUGUUCACUCGAAGUUCGUGGGGAACAAAAGUUGAAUGGCUAUCUUUUCUUUUGCAGAACCUCGAGGAUUUUUUGACCACUCUUUAAACUGCAUAACGGAGAGAAGACUACAAGGCACUUGCCCACCAAUUGGCCGUGGAAGUUUUGGGAAGCCGUUCUUUGGUACAAACUGUUUCAGUUCCCCAUUUAUUAAUUCCCGGACUGGUUUCCACACAAUUCAUUCCGAGAACAGCCCAGUGAAGCCGAGGAUUGUCACUGUCGUAAAACCUUGUGGGCACACAGUGAGGAAGAUAACGCUGCUCCUAAAUCGCCGAUCUGUCCAGACAUUUGAACAACUGAUCGCUGACAUCUCAGAAGCCCUUGGGUUUCCACGCUGGAAGAAUGACCGCGUGAGAAAACUGUAUAAUUUGAAGGGAAGGGAAAUCCGAAGUGUUUCUGACUUCUUUAGAGAAGGCGAUGCCUUUAUAGCUAUGGGAAAGGAACAGCUAACCCCAAAGAACCUGGAGGCUGCAAUCCAAGAGCUUUUCCCUGACAACCCCUAUGCACCCCGCACUGGAACCACACAAAACUGGGAACAAACUCAGAAACCCAAAAACAGGCUGUAUGAAAAGUCUUCCAAACUGGAAAAGAGCCUUGAGCCCAUAGCUGCCAAGAACUGUCUGGAUGCCAUAUCUCCUAAACUAAUUAAUAGGCAUGAAGUGAAAGUUCAGACCAAGGUCAGGCAAGAGGAGAAGGUGAGGACCAAAAAGAGGUGGGUCAGAGAUAACUGGAAUGAAGAGCAAGAUGCAAAGCCAUCUAGAAAAGCGAGAGAAUGCGAGAGAUAUUUUAAUCAAGAGAAAUGCCUUGAAAGUGAAGCAGAAAAGAGUUCGGACAUGAUGGUGAGAUGUGAAAAGUGCCAAAGAGAAAGGGAACUCAGGCAAAAAUUGCAGAAGGAAAGACAGACUGAUCUUCCAUUUGAGAGCAGGGACUUGAGUAUGAGAACGUGUCAGAGAUAUCAUGUAGAAAGGCCAGUGAAAUUGAGAAAUUGCAGGAAAUUGUCAGAAAGCUCCGCGGAAGAGGGCAAAAUUACAUGGAACGAUGCUGCUUGUCAAAGUACCUGGACAGCCCCUCUCAGCCAUGCCAAAAAAGACUCAGAGAAGCUAAAAAGGAGCGUUGACAGAGAGCAAACUCUGGAAAGCCAUAAGAAUCAUGAUGAAGAACUGGGAAAGAUGAAGCCCAUAGAAAGUCAGCGUACCAUAGUAGGAGAUGCCUAUGAAUUGAAGAAGGAGCACCGAAAAUGUUCUAGAGUGAACCAAAGCUGUUGGUUGAUCAAGGGUUCUCGGACAGAUAAUGAAAAACCAUUGAAAAUUCAGGGGAAUAAGGAAGAGGUACGGAAACCGAAGGAGGAAGCUAAUGGAGGAGAAGAGAAAGUAGGUCAUAGUGAGGGUGAACCGAUUAGGCAUGAAAAGGAGGAAGAACAUAAAGUCAUCAAAGAGAUUAACAAGACGCGUAGGGCCAGUGACGCGAAGCUGAGACAUGAUGUCUCAAGCAGAGCAGAUGUGGAGAAGAGCUAUGAGAUUGGCAGAACCAUUGGAGAUGGGAACUUUGCUGUUGUGAUGGAGUGUCAUCACCGCAACACUAAUCAGAACUAUGCUAUGAAAAUCAUCGAUAAGUCCAAGCUGAAAGGGAAGGAAGACAUGCUUGAAAAUGAAAUACUGAUCAUAAAGAGCCUUUCCCACCCAAACAUUGUCAGUUUGAUUGAAGUAUUUGAAACCGAUGCAGAAAUAUACCUAAUCUUGGAGUACGUUCCCGGUGGGGACCUGUUUGAUGCCAUAAUCGAGAGUGUGAAAUUCACAGAACGUGAUGCUGCUCUCAUGAUAACUGAUCUGUGCGAAGCUCUCGUCUAUAUUCACGGCAAGAACAUUGUCCACAGAGAUCUUAAGCCAGAAAAUCUUCUGGUAAGUAUUGGGAAAUGUGCCGGGAGGGGGGCGGGGCGGCGUCUAUGGGGUUGUUGUUUUUAUUUUGAUUAUAUAUUUUGUGGUAUUAUAUUCUGAUUUAGUUCUGUGAACCGCCCUGAGACCUCUGGGUCUAGGGUGGUAUAUAAAUUCAAUCAAGCAAUCAAUAAUAAUAAUAAUAAUAAUAAUAAUAAUAAUAAUAACUGAGGGGUUGUACUUGUUGGGUAUGCUCUUUUUGGACAAAAAUACUAAUUUUCAGGAAAUGGAUAUACACUGUAAGGUGUGAACGUUAGGAUGCUAUUUCUGGAAUGAGAGCCGCAGAAUAACUUCUAAUAUCCUUGCUUGGGACACAACUGACACCAUUUUGCACUCAGAGUUGUACGUUGCAAAAAUGCAAUGUGCAGUGCUUAUAAACCACCCUUGCAAAUAAGUCCACAAAAACUACUAUCCCACAAAACCCUUACUGGCCUGCCUAUCCAUGCUUCUGUUGCUAAUUAGUGUCAGCUAUAGUGACACCUUGAAAAUUAACAAUAAUCAACCCUCUUUCAGUAUACAAAACUUCCUCUGUGCCCUCUCAUCGGUAGGUAACUUGUACCUUUCUCUGUUAUUCAGGCAAGUGACUUUUUACAAGCUUGCUAUAAAUACCUGUUUGAUAUGGGUAUAUGCUGCAUGGAGCUUCUGACCGGCUGUGGUUCUCUCUAGUUUGUGCACAUAUGGAGAGAUUCUUAAGUCUUCAGGCCCUAUAAUGUGAAGACUCCCUCAGAGCGCAUUAUUCUAGGUCUUGCCUAGCUAUACUAGAUGCUGGGGGUACAGUUUUUGUUUGUUACCAUAUUACAUAUAUUUGUGUUCUUAUAUUGUAAAUCACCCUGCCAUCCUCGGAUGAAGGGCAGCAUAGAAGUUUAAAUAACAACAACAUUAACAACAUCAGUUUUAUUGUUUGUACCCUGUCCAUCCGACUGGGUUGCCCUGGUCACUCUGUGCGGCUUCCAACAUACAGUAGAACCUCUACUUACGACCGCCUCUACUUGGGCCCGAUCCAAGUUGUGACCGCGGCAACCCGGAAGUAAGUACCAGGUUUGCUGCGAUACAGGCGCAUGCGCACAACGACGCUUCUACCAGCGACCUGUUUCGCCUAAAGGACGGGCCGCCGGAACGGAUUAUGGUGGUAAGUAGAGGUUCCACUGUAUAUAGAAACAUAAAACGUUAUACAUUAAAAAGCUUCCCUAUACAGGGCUGCCAUCAGAUGUCUUCUAAAAGUUAUGCAGUUAUUCAUCUCCUUGACAUCUGUUGGGUGGGCAUUCCACAAGGUGGGUGCCACUACCGAGAAGGCCCUCCCUGUAGUGACACUUCUUGAAGUGAGGGAACCACUAGAAGGCCCUUGGUGGUGUUUAAAGGUUUAACUUAAAGGUAAAUAGGCACAUUAAACAGCUUUUGUGUGGCUCCCUGGGUUUGCUUUUGUUCUUUAACGAAAAAUCCACAGGUUUCAUAAGAGAAUAACUUGUACUUGCAAGGAAAAAUAUACUGACUAGAACAGAUACCUUAUGUACUGGCACCUCAUUUGUUUUUGUCUCUUUCUUUUUAGUCUGUGAUACUGAAGUUCAGUGAUUACAUCUCUUUUCCUCCCACAUAUCUCCUCUCAAACUCGCAGCCGUACUUCUUCUUCCACCCCCUUUCUCUGAGAUUGAUUUUCUGUACCCAGGGCUUGAAAAUUCAAGGAAGCUAAAACAAUAAAUAGCAGAUUUAUAGCCUCCCUCGGACAUAAAACCUUCCUAGCGAACCAGAAACCUGAACGUCCCCCAUCCAAAACACAUACUUGAUGCAUCUGAGUAAGAAGUGUUGAUUUAACUGUUUGUUGUGACAGGAGGCAGAGCAGGCAGAUUCUGGUAGUCUCCAGCUCUCGUCUAGGCUGGCUUCCCCCUCCCCUCUGCUGAAAACAGCCACAUAGGUAAAUUGAGGUGGUGGGGCCUUUCUAGUGGUUAGCAGCGAAGAUGGAUGUGCAGUUGGGGACCAGGAAAAGGAAGACAGGAGGCAAGGACCACCACCAGCAGCCUGCCUCAUCCCAGUAAAAGCACCCUUGGUGUAGAACUGGGAAGGCCAAGGUAUUUGAGGUCUAUCCGUGAUGGGAGUGGGCAUGGAUAUGUGGGUAGAUGGGCAGAGGUUGACAAGUGGAACCAGUUGUUUCUGAUGAGGCAUUUGCCUGUAGUUCUUCUCUCCGUUAUAUGAAUAUAUUUGCUAGUUAAAGUCCCUCCUUCCGUCUAGUUUGCCUGAUUCUUCCUUUGAAUUUGAAUCACCCGACACCACCUGCUUAAUAAACGGUCUGAUAAUGCUUUUGCAUAGCAUUUCAGCCCCUUGCCCACGCAAAAUUGUACAAAAGAGAAUGCAAAGGAUGAAACACAUUGCCAGUUAUAGAAUCAUAGAAAUGUAGGGAACACUGAGGGUCGUCUAGAUCCACCCCUGCAAUUCAGGAAUCUCAACUAAAGCAUCCAGGACGGAUGGCCAUCCAACCUCUGCUUGAAAACCUCCAAGGAAGGAGAGUCCACCACCUUCCACACUUGAGAUUAAUUUGCAUUGCAUAAGCACACUUCAGUUUCUUUGACAAUAGCAAGUUGGAAAUGGAGAUUACACCUAGAUGCUAAUAGAAGCUUAAGCGGUUAUAGAGAAAAGAAUACAGUGGUACCUCAGGUUAAGAACUUAAUUAGUUCUGGAGGUCUGUUCUUAACCUGAAACUGUUCUUAACCUGAAGCACCACUUUAGCUAACGGGGCCUCUUGCUGCCGCCGUGCCGCCGGAGCACGAUUUCUGUUCUCAUCCUGAAGCAAAGUUCUUAACCCGAGGUACUAUUUCUGGGUUAGUGGAGUCUGUAACAUGAAGCGUAUGUAACCUGAAGCAUUUGUAACCCGAGGUACCACUGUAUUGACAAGGCUUUGUGCUGUUCCAUUGGUUUUAUGCAGGCCUGGGAAUAUAGAGGGAGUCUAGUUCCUGCAAAUGUUUUGAAAUAAUAAUGUAGUAUUGCCAUCUUGUGUUGUAAAGAGAUACAGCAUAGAGAAAUGCAAAGAUUUGAAGCGUGCAGCCGUGGGCACUUGUUCUUUCCCUGAAAUCACUAGUGACCUGCUAACCAGGUUACUGUAAAGACUUGCACAUAAAUUCAUACUGUAAUUUGGAAUAUAAUUCUGUCAUUUGAGAUAUAGUUAUGAUAUAAGUAAAAAAACCUGCUCCUUUUCCCUUAUGGGAUACCCAAGAGCCCAUAUAGAGUCCUUUUGUAGGUUCUCUAUCGGUAGGAGAAAAUAACACGAGACCAACCAGAGAAUAUUGAGAAGCAAAGCAGCUAGUAAGCCUGAUCUUUAUUAACUGUUGCAACAGGGUGAUCCCCCACGCGCAGGAGAGAGGAGGAGGAACCCCAAGCCAUGCGCGCAAGCCCUUAUAUAGACUUUUUAAAAAAAUUUUUUUAUAAAGUAUUUAUUGAAGUUUAAACAUUGCAAAAAAAACAGAAGAAAAACAAAAGAAAAAUAUGAGCAAUAAACAAUUACAAAGCCUCGAAAACAAAAAUAAAUACAAUAGUACAAAACAUCAACAAUACAAAAAGAAAAAGAAAACAAAACAAAAGCAUUUAAAGAAAAAAAGAAAAACCCAAAAGAGAACAAACGAACAUACAAAAGAACCACAUAUUUUCAUAUCCUUAUCUUUCAUUUGCUUAUUUCCUCGACUUCCUCACACCUCCUUUUUUUGUAUUCUAGUUCAAUUAAAUAUUCCAGCAAGUCCUUUCCCUCUUUCACAAAUUUAGUUCCAUGAUUUAACUUAACAUAGUUUUUAGACUUAAAUUUACCUCUUUACCCAAUGUCAAUCUAUUCAUACUUGAUUCUUUAUAAUAUUUCUACCAAAGUCAUAUAACUUCUUUCCAGCAUCUUUCUAACAUUCAUUAAGUUUAGAAUAUUUCUGUAAAUAAGCUUUGAAUUUUUUCCAAUCUUCUUCCACCGACUCUUCUCUCUGGUCUCGGAUUCUGCCAGUCAUUUCCGCCAGUUCCAUGUAGUCCAUCAGCUUCAUCUGCCAUUCUUCCCUGGUAGGUAGGUCUUGUGUCUUCCAAUGCUUUGCAAUGAGUAUUCUUGCUGCUGUUGUAGCAUACAUGAAAAAAACUCUGUCCUUCUUUGGCACCAAUUGGCCCACCAUGCCCAGGAGAAAGGCCUCUGGUUUCUUUAAGAAGGUAUAUUUAAAUACCUUUUUCAUUUCAUUAUAAAUCAUCUCCCAGAAUGCCUUAAUCUUUGGGCAUGUCCACCAAAGGUGAAAGAAUGUGCCUUCAGUUUCAUUGCAUUUCCAACAUUUAUUAUCAGGCAAAUGAUAAAUUUUUGCAAGCUUGACUGGUGUUAUGUACCACCUGUAAAUCAUUUUCAUUAAAUUCUCUUUUAAGGCAUUGCAUGCCGUAAACUUCAUACCAGUGGUCCAUAACUGUUCCCAGUCAGCCAUCAUAAUAUUAUGUCCAACAUCCUGUGCCCAUUUAAUCAUAGCAGAUUUCACCAUUUCAUCCUGAGUAUUCCAUUUCAAUAGCAAGUUAUACAUUCUUGACAGAUUCUUAACUUUAGGGUCCAACAAUUCUGUUUCCAGCUUUGAUUUUUCCACUUGAAAACCUAAUUUUUUGUCCUGAUUAUAUGCCUCCAUUAUUUGAUAAUAAUGGAGCCAAUCUCGCACUCUGUUUUUUAAUUUUUCAAAGCUCUGUAAUUUUAAUCUGUCACCCUCUUGUUCCAAGAUUUCCCAAUACUUCGGCCAUUUGGCCUCCAUAUUGAGUUUUUUCUGGGCCUUUGCCUCCAUAGGUGACAGCCAUCUUGGUGUUUUAUUUUCUAACAAAUCCUUAUAUCUUAUCCAGACAUUAAACAGUGCUUUUCUUACAAUAUGGUUUUUGAACGCUUUGUGUGCUUUGACCUUAUCAUACCACAAAUAUGCAUGCCAACCAAAUACAUUAUUGAAACCUUCCAAGUCCAAAACGUCCGUAUUUUCAAGAAGCAUCCAUUCUCUCAGCCAGCAAAAAGCAGCUGAUUCAUAAUAAAGUUUUAAGUCUGGCAGGGCAAAUCCACCUCUUUCUUUAGCAUCAGUUAAAAUCUUAAAUUUUAUACAGGGCUUCUUGCCCUGCCAGACAAAUCUGGAAAUAUCUCUCUGCCACUUCUUGAAACAGUCCAUUUUGUCCAAAAUUUGCAGUGAUUGGAAGAGAAAUAACAUUCUUGGCAAUACAUUCAUUUUUAUCACAGCAAUUCGGCCUAGCAACGAUAACUUCAAAUUUGACCAAAUUUCUAAAUCUUUUUUCAUUUCAGUCCACUUAUAUAGACAUUUUUAAUUGCCUGCCCUGGAGUCCAACACCACCCCCAGAAACAUCAUACAUACAUACAUCACAGAAGGGGUGUAGCCCAAGAUCCCCCAAUACAUCAUACCUACAUCACAGAAAAGGCGGUCUACAACAGAAAUCUGAGUGCAUUGUUUAUCUACUGUCUGGCAAGUUACCUGAUUGCAUUAUCUGGGUUUUGGCCACUCUUUUGUUACUCAGUUCUGAAUCCAGGUCACAGGCUCACACCCUAUUCAUAUCUUAAAUGUGCCCUUAAGACAGGAUUUGUGAAAGAGGCAAUGGGGAGAUUUCCCAUUUCCUUCGACCUUGCAGAGAAAUAUUUGAGGUCAUUUUGGGAGAGAGAAAAUGGUUUCAGGACUUUUCUGUGGGUUUCAGACAGGUGGUUUACAUAUUUGUGUUUGCUUAGUACUUUUAUGAACAUUUAUUUUAUAUAUAAGAUGUCAAAAUUCUUAUAACAGUUACAAGGACCUACCUUGUACAAAUGAUUCAUCUAGCAGCUCAUUAUAGCCUACUCUGACUGAAAUUAGUCUCCACAGAAUCCUAGGGAGAUGUUUUCCCCAAUAUGCUUUUUAUCUGGAGUCCAGAGAUUGAAUCUGGGACCUUUUCAUAUACAAAGCUUUACCACUUAGGACUAAGCUAUGAUCAUUGCUCCAGAACACUGUCCAAGGUAUUAAAACCCCCGCUAGGAAAGGCCUGAUGAAGUAUAGUCGCUUACUUAAACUACAGGGUCAGUGUUAAUAAUAAUAAUAAUAAUAAUAAUAAUAAUAAUAAUAAUAAUAAUAAUAAUAAAUGGGCAGGGGGGAAUCGUAUCUGUGGACUUUUUGUGAACCAGCAAAGAUAUUUAUAACCGCUUCAUGACAUCGCAGUGUGUGGCAAGGGAAAACUCACAAGUGACAGCCAGCUAUAUAUGAUGUGCUUUUCCCCACCUGCAUGUGCUGUAGAAAUAAAUGCUACUCUUCCUUUGGAAAGCCCGUGUUAAGUUUGUGUUAAGGCAAAAGUUAUUUGUUUUCUUAUAUUCUUAAGGUGCAGCUUGUUCUGAAUUUUUUUUUGUUUCUGCACAGGUCCAGCGUAAUCCAGACAAAACUACCACAUUGAAACUAGCAGAUUUUGGCCUUGCAAAACAGGUGACCAAACCCAUAUUCACCGUGUGUGGAACUCCAACUUACGUUGCUCCUGAAAUACUGGCUGAGACUGGUGAAUAUAAAGUUUAACUCUCCAAGUAACCUAGUGCAUUGUCCUAUGAUUCAAAUACUUGUUAGAUGCAGUAUUGAACAAGAAAUAUAAUUUUUCCCCCAGCAGUUUGCUGUCUUCUGGAUGAGAGCUUGUACAGGUUAGAUAAAUAUGCUCUAGGAUAUUGGGAUCACCACUAACUUCUUUUUACCUUUUUAUGUAUCCCAGUUCUCCAUAUUCAGUUCCUUAAUAGUGUUAGAAUUGAUGGACAGGCCAUACUGGGUUUCUUUUGAAAACCUGUUUGAAAACCACUGCUCUGUAAGCUGUAGGGCAAUCUUCCCUCUUGGCUUUGUAGCAUGAAAGCUUAGGUUGUGAUGUUCUAAGAAAGGGUAGAAACCUGAAGCAGGUCAUACCUUCCUUGCUUUCUAGCAAAGUCCAGGGUGGAUUGCAUCUUGGAAGAAUGCAGUCACUGGAUUCCUCCCCCCCCCCCUUUCCGGGGAAGUGACAGCACCCUCACUGCUCCAUCAUCCUAAUGUGAUUUGGAAAAAAGAGAGUUUUAAAAACUGCUGCUUAUUCUUACGAUGAUUCCCUGCACAUCCUAUUUCUUUGCUAAAGGUGGUGUUGGUAUUAGUAAAUCUUUCAAUACAGCAUCAGCAGAUUCUUUGCACACAACUUUUGUGUAUGUUUACUUAUAGAACAGGUUAUUGUGUGGUGUGGUAGUGUAGUGGUUAAGAGCGGUGGACUCGUAAUCUGGUGAACCGGGUUCGCAUCCCUGCUCCUCCACGUGCAGCUGCUGGGUGACCUUGAGCUAGUCACACGUCUCUGAAGUCUCUCAGCCUCUGAAGUCUCUCACGGAGUGUUUGUUGUGGGGGAUUGCUAGCCGCUUUGAGACUCCUUCGGGUAGUGAUAAAGUGGGAUAUCAAAUCCAAACUCCUCUUCUUCUUCUUGUUAUUGGUGCUGUCCCGGGAAUGGGAGAUGAGAGAAAAGCUAGAGAAAGUUUAAUGGGGAUUCCCAAGUUUAAAAAGAUUAAGAAGCACACAGACUGCACUGCUAUUGUCAGGAUGCUGUCAUCGGCUCCCGGCUGGUUGCCCAGGAAAGUAGAAAGACAAGGAAAAGUUUCUUACCGUCUUUGCAGGGAGAGGCUGUAGAACCCAGCCUCUUGGAUAAUGGCGUUGCUCUGAGUGAAUCUCCACCCCUCCGUCUCUCCCUCUUCCUCAUUUGUCAUCAUCAUCACCGCCUCUACGGGUGCUGCUAAGUGCCCUCUGUCUUUGAGCUCUUUGCUCUCCUACUUUCAAGGCUCGCCGGGUUCUGGGAGAUGGAGGGUCUGGAAUCAUUUCUAAUGACAACGUGUCAGCCGGGUGUUGCUCUGGCUCUCCCAUGGUUUCCCAGCUUUUCCCCUCAUCUUCCUCUGAGCUGCCACCUCCCUCAAACCCCUGUUGUAAAUCUAUACUGUCUUCCUCUUCCUCCUCCCUGGAAGGGUCAUUCCUCCUCUGCCCAGUCCCUGACAACUGUGCACCCUUACAUUUGAGUAAGUCCCAUUGAAGACCAAUGUAGCUUACGUCUAACUAGGCAUGUAUGUGCACAGUGUAAUCUCUCUGCCAUUUGAAAGGAGAUUUUUCAUUUUACUCCAAUAUUUCAUUUACGUUUUUUAAUGAAAGCGGCUGUUCCUUAUAAACUAGUUGCAUAUGUUAAAGAUUCUGGAUUUAUCUUUCUGCUCCCAUAGGCUAUGGACUAGAAGUGGACAUGUGGGCUACCGGCAUUAUACUCUAUAUUUUGCUUUGUGGAUUCCCCCCCUUCCGGAGUCAUGAAAGAGAUCAAGAGGAGCUGUUUCGAAUCAUACAACUUGGGCAUUAUGAAUUCCUCUCACCAUACUGGGACAACAUUUCGGCUGGUAAGUUUCCUAAAAGCAGACUGGGGAGUUGAUAGCCAGGACUGUGUGUGUUGGACAAUUCUGUGAUUUAUGUUGUUGGCAUCCGUCUUUCUCGAAAAGUGCAGAAUUUAGUUUCAUUGAUCUUUUUGGCACAUACCAUUAAACUUUAGCGUUAUGAGUUUGGUUAGAUCUGAUAAGAAAAUGCUGUUUUUAAAAUUGCCUUGAGAUCUACUCUUAACAUUGCCACGGGCAGCAAAAACCUCUCCCAUGAUCUGCCUGCAAGUCUCACUCGGUGUGGUAGAGUUUGCAGCUGCCCUAUCUGUUGAAUAUUCUGAUGAAUUAGACCAGGCAUCCCCAAACUCAGCCCUCCAGCUGUUUUGGGACGACAACUCCCAUCAUCCCUGACCACUGGUCCUGUUAGCUAGCUAGGGAUAAUGGGAGUUGUCGUCCCAAAACAUCUGGAGGGCCGAGAGUUUGGGGAUGCCUGAAUUAGACCUACUGGUCUCCACUCCCAUCAUUCUGCCCGGACACUGAGGUCCAGCGCCGAGGGCCUUCUGGCUGUUUCCCUCACUGCAAGAAGCAAAGCUACAGGGAACCAGGCAGAGGGCCUUCUUGGUAGUGGCGCCCACCCUGUGGAACGCCCUCCCAUCAGAUGUCAAAGAGAUAAACAACUACCGGUACCUGACAUUUAGAAGACAUCUGAAGACAGUCCUGUUCAGGGAAGUUUUUAAUGUGUGACAUUUUAAUGUAUUUUUAAUCUUUGUUGUAAGCCGCCCAGAGUGGCUGGGGGGACCCAGCCAGAUGGGCGGGGUACAAAUAAUAAAUUAUUAUUAUUAUUAUAUACUGACUGUUAACUGUCACCCCAUUUCUCCAGUUUGUUCCAAACAACUCACGCUCACUGCUUUGUUCUUGCCCCCGACAGCUGCAAAGGACCUGAUCAGCAGACUCCUUGUGAUUGACCCCCAGAAGCGCUACACCGCCCAGCAAGUUCUUCAGCACCUGUGGAUUCACACGGCGGGGAAAAACAGCAGCAGGAACCUCCAGAGGGAGGUGACCAUCAAUCUUGAACGCCACUUUCUGAGCCAGCGCAAGGCUGAAGCUAGCAACAAAGACUCGUAAAAGGUGCACCCAGGUGUACUUAAUGAGCCCACUGUAAAAGCACACUUAUCAUAUACUCUUAAGGACUGAGCUCAGGGGAAAUCCAUUAUUCCUGUAUGAAGACAAAGCCUGCUGUGCCCCCAAACUGAUUGGCUAGUUUCCUGUGAUGUUAUGUGCCCCAUUUCCUUCUUUCUACAGUUGUUGGUUUUUUUUAAAUACUUGGGGCAGGGGUGGUGGUGAACAGCCUGUUUGAGCAACCUUGGGAACCCAGCCUUGAAAUAUUUUGGCGGAGGACUGAAUUGGCCUUCAGUUUUCUGGUUAGCACAUUUGUCACUGGCUCUCCAGAUGCAGAAGGAAGCUGGGCCGGUCAUAGCUUCAUGGUAGAGCAUCUACUUUGGACGCAGGAGGUACCAGAUUCAACCCAGAGCAUCUCCUGGUAGGACCUGAAGCCCCAGAGAGCUGUUGCCAGUCAUUGUGUUCAGUACUGAGCUAGCUGCACUGUGGGUCCGACUCCAGAUGAGGCAGCUUCUUCAGUUUCUGGCCCAUGAAAAUGCGAUUUUUGUUCUUGUUUUCUUUUUGGUAUGUCUGUGUGCACCAAAAGGCUGCCUUAAUGUUCAUCUAGUUCUCUGAAUGCUUCCAACUUCUACACCUGCACCUUUUCUUUGGAGUUAAGACACCACGUCGUGGUGGUGGAGGCAUAUUUUAAAUAGAACUCACUUUGAAAAUGCUACCUGCAAAGUCCUUGUUGAACUGUUAACUUAAAUGGAUAAUAUUGGUUCUGUUUGUAAUCCGUCCACAUGUUUUAAUAAGUUUACAUACUGGUCAGGAUCCUAAGAACUACUUUUAAGUGUGCAUGAGGACUUGUGAAUGUGUGUGCCCAAUGGCAUUUUUUUACCUAAAAGAGUAAAUGUUAGUACAGUCGUACCUUGGUUGACGAACAUUUUGGCUCCUGAGCACCGCAAACCCGGAAGUGACUGUUCUGGUUUGCAAACAUUCUUUGGAACCUGAACGGCCGAUGUGGCUUCCGAUUGGCUGCAGGAGUUUCCUGCAGCCAAUCAUAAGCCCUGCCUUGCUUUCCAAACACUUUAGAAGUUGAAUGGACUUCCGUAAUGGAUUCCGUUCAACUUCCAAGGUACCACUGUAUUUCCUUUUGGAAAGUGUCCUCGAUUUACAAAGGCAGCUUGCAAGGGGCAGUGAUAGGGAACUUCCGGCUUUCUGGUCUAGUUAGAUCUGCCAGGCUUCAGAGCUUAACCUACCAGGUUUUUUGGAGCAAAACCACGACCACCUUCCCCUGGUCUGACGUUGUAUAUGAUGUCAGGUAAGGGUGAGUUCAAGCAGCAAGUGGAAUAAUACAAUUGUAGGAUGUGGAGUUUUUAGGGAAUCCACUCCCCUGUAACGCAGGAAACUCGGCUAAAGCAGAAGCUAUGGCAAAAAGGAAGACAAAUAAGGGGAGUGUGCUCUCAAUUCUUCCUUUGCAGGGACAUUGUUCCUUUGUAUCUCUGGCUUGAAUUCAAACCAGGCUAUAAACGAAGCAUUGGGAGCUCAUGUAGAGAGCACUCUUGGUUCCUUUCUUUGAAAUUCCCUGCCCACCUGUCAGUGACUUGGUUAUUAAGGACCCUUCCUCCAGCUAGAUACAGUUUCCCAGGCCUGCCACGGGGCACAAUUGGCUGUUUGAGAAUCAUAAGCAAAAAGCUUCCUUGGAAUCUAGAAUGAGCUGCGUGUUCUUUGGAUCCUGGCUAUUGAAUUCAGCCUUGGUGUUAUAUUUUUCUUUGUAGAUUUAAAGCAUUCGUAUCCUUUAUUGUUGACGAACUGGGAUGGUUCUCCCUGUACGUGUUGUGUAUGGGGGAACCUUGUUUCAAGUGUAUUUAGAUAUAUAUAGAUAUAUACAGAUAUACACAAAUACACACACAUAAAAAUAUAAUAUUCUGGACACGUUAAUAGAAAAUAUGAGAAAAGUUAAUAGGAUAUUGUGCUAAUAGGAUGUGAAUUAUUUUCAUAGCCUAAGAAAUUUUAUCCCCUUAUAAAUAGUGAAGUGUUGGAACAUAUAAGAACCAGAUUCCUUUUCUUUUAGAUAUAGUAUCAAACACAGUCAGUCCACAAAUCUAUGCUGCAACAGAUAUUUCUAUUUCCAAUAUUAUGCAAUUCAAAUCUUUAAUUUCUCAUACUUUCUUUGGAACAUCAUAUUUAAGUUGUUGCUCUGUACAGCCCAUGAGAGAAAAAACAAUACGAGUAUUUACUGCUUCAACAUAAACUUUAGCAGUGAGUCUGGCACUUCAACCAGGAAACUUUAAAUUCUGAGGUUGCAAACAUUCCAGCCCCGGGGGUUUGCAACAUUAGCAUCUAAAGCCACUGGGGCUGCCGGAUUCGGUAAAAACGCUGGGAAGUUUGCCAUCUGCCCUGCCCUGCUCACUCGCUUCUGUCUCCUUCACGUCAGGCUCCAGCUUCUACCUUUAACUGAAUUAUGACCAGGGCCAGCCCACCUAUGAGGCAAGGGGAAGCAACUGCCUCAGAUGGCAGUAUCUGCAGGGCAGCAGAUCCAGCCUCCAAGGAAUGCAUUGCUUGCAGCGAUGGCUGCAGCAUGGUCUUUGGAGGCUGGAUCUGAUGAAUAGAAGUGGCCUCAGUAAAUAGGAGGUCUCUUCCCACCGCUAUGGAGGAAAUACCAGGGGCUGCCUUCUGGGGUCUGUACCUGCCUGGUGUGAUUCAGAGCAGGCCCCUUUCUCCCCCAUUAUGGCCUUUGAUUCCCACUUUGAGUAAGGUUGACUUGAUUCCCUCGCUUUUCCCCAAUACAGAUCUUCCCUCCCCCUUUUGUUCCUGAUGUAGAUAUUUAUUCCCCGCUUGUUCCCUUGUAGAUCUUUGCUCACCUUUACCUCCCAGGUGGGCAGGAUGAUGCCAUUUUGUUUUUCGCCUCAGGUGCCAAAAUGUUUUGAGCCGUCCCUGGUUUUGACUGUCUGUAUCCCUGAUAAUGUUGUGAUAUGCAGGGAGAAAUAAGAAGACUGAUCAAUCAAUCAAUCAAUCAAUCAAUCAAUCAAUCAAUCAAAUUGAUGUUCACUCUAGAGAAACCAAUUUUUCAUGUUUCCAGAACAAAGUUCCAAUUUCCCCAGCAACUCUGGUUACUACUUACAAAGGAAACAGGUCCACAUGUGUAGAUUCAGCUAGAGCAUGGAAAUGGAUGGAAAUUCAUAUGGAGCAUGGAAGUGGCUGAUUGCGACACAACUCAUCCAGAGCUUCACCUUUGUUACUUCUCCAUCUUCAGUUUCACGGGGUGGGAGGAAUCAAAGCCUGUUGCCAGGUCUCCGUUGCAAAUUUGCCAGCACUCUUUUUGUCUCUCUAACUUUUCAUCCCUUGUUUUUACUGUUCUAGAUUGUAACCCUGAAAAAUUAAACAAAAACUCAGGAAUAUC